CCUCUGCAUCAGAAUCGAGCCUCGUCCGUGCCUCUCCUGGUCCCGAAACACGCCACUUCCACCAGAUUCUCCCCGCAUAGCAUCGCCAAUAAGUGGAAGAAUCUUCCUGACACACUCAAGUCUCACACAGUGUCCACCAUUCACAACGCCUCAAGCUCCUGCUCCGCCGUCCGCGAUUAACUACGCCUGGAGCUCUGCGGUCCACCAUUCUUUGGUACUUUAAUUAGGUGUUGAAAUAUUACUUCCGGGGACCUCUAGCUUUCAUCACAUUUACUGACUUUUCAAUGCCAAUAAAGAAAAGCAAACAAAAACAUCAGAAGGAUAUUGUGACACCUGGAGUUACAUGUCUGGAUUUUAAGAUAUUAAGUAAGGAGUGUGUUUUUUGUUAAAGUCUGACACAUCGGCAAAUCCUUAGCUUCCUCGAUUUCAAUUCACAGCAACGAUGAGCUCCACUGAUACCAUCAAUGCAAAUUCUGCUGAGUCUGUCAAAUAAUCUGUUCUAGGGACAAGCCUGGAAACACAGCAUGAUGAUACAAAAAUAAAAGCUCAAGUUGAUGCAUGUGGGGACAAAUGAAGAAAGGAGUAUCUAAUGAUAUCCUCAGAAGUUUUGCAAGCAAGUCUAAUUCCACUCCAAAAAGAACUGCAAAGAAGGGAGCUUUUAAUUGUUUGUCAUAUCUGGGGUUAGCACCAAAGGCAACUGAAUCUGUUGGGCAAGCCGCUUUCCGUAAUGGGACUGUAAUGGAGCAGAGCAAUAUAAAUGAUGAAGCCAAGAAGCUUGCUGCUGCUGCUCUUGCAGCAGUGAAAGAUGAUGCUGCUGCUUCUUCCUCUAGCAAGGGUAAACUUGUGAUUACUGAGGUUCGGGACUUUGCUGGUCAAGACAUUGAAGUAAAGAAACUCUUAGAUUCUGACUUAAAGGAGGCAAUGGAAAGAGCCAAAAUCGCUGCACCUUCUCCGGUGGAUGCUGUUCUUGAACAAAUCAAGAAGAAGCAGAAGCUCAGUGUACUUGAUAAGACCAAAAUGGACUGGGGAGAGUUUAAGGAAGAAAAACUGGAAGGGGAGCUUGAUGCUUACAAGAGGAGUUCAGACCAGUAUCUAGAUAAGGUCUCCUUCUUGCAGCGAACAAAUUACCGUGAGUUUGAGAGGGAGAGAGAUGCUAGGCUGGCUUUGCAAGCCAGGAAGCAGCCGGAUAUGCGAGAGGAGCCAUAUGACUGAUAGAAGUAGUAUAGAAUUCCUAUCAUUGAAGUAUGGUUCAAUUGGGAGUUGUUUUUACAGGGGCUAUUGUUCCUGGGAACUGGGAAGGUCUUGAUCUCCUAAGAGUAGGAUAUAUGAUCAUUAAUAGGGGCAUGGCCAUUUUAUUAACAAGGAUCAGACUCUUACAAACAGUUGAUAAUUCUGUAAGAGGUUGCUGAUCUUAGACAACAAUGGGGAUGUGUCAAAAAACACAAUAAAUGUUUUAUAUCGUGAGGUAUUUGGCAAUUUAGGAUUA